GCAGCGCACUAUGCUGCUCGGGUGGGCGUCCCUGUUGUUGUGCGUGUUCCGCCUGCCCCCGGCCGCCGCCAGUCCCGCCGCGGCACCUGCCCAGGAUAAAGCCGGGCAGCCUCCGGUUGCUGCAGUGGCCACCCAGCCCCGCAGGCGGCAGGGGGAGGAGGCACAGGAGCUGGUCGAGCCUCUGGGCCACCCUCUCCCCCUGAAGCCGCAGCGCAGGAGCAGCGGGCUCGUACAGAAUAUCGACCAACUGUACUCUGGAGGUGGCAAGGUGGGCUACCUCGUCUACGCGGGCGGCCGAAGAUUCCUGCUGGACCUGGAGAGGGAUGAUUCGGUGGGCACUGCUGGCUUCGUUCCCGCAGGAGGCGGGCUGAACGCACUCCGGCGCCACCGGGGCCACUGCUUUUACAGAGGCACGGUGGACGGCAGCCCUCGCUCCCUGGCUGUCUUUGACCUCUGCGGGGGUCUCGACGGCUUCUUCGCAGUCAAGCACGCGCGCUACCGCUUAAAGCCACUAUUGCGCGAGCCCUGGGCGGAAGCAGAAACUGAGCGAGUGUACAGGGAUGGGUCUUCGCGGAUCCUGCACCUCUACACCCGCGAGGGCUUCAGCUUCGAGGCCCUGCAGCCACGCGCCAGCUGUGAGACCCCCGCGUCCCCGCCGGGGUCCCACGAGCGCCCCCCGGCGCACAAUAAUCCGGGCCGACGCGCAGCUCCGGCCCCACAGCUCCCAGACCACUCAACUCUCUUGCCUGCCGGGGGUACCGGACCUCAGAUUUGGUGGCGGCGGAGACGCCGCUCCAUCUCCCGGGCCCGCCAGGUGGAGCUGCUCCUGGUGGCUGAUGCCUCCAUGGCACGGAUGUAUGGACGGGGCCUGCAGCAUUACCUGUUGACCCUGGCCUCCAUCGCCAACCGGCUUUACAGCCAUGCCAGCAUCGAAAACCACAUCCGCUUGGCGGUGGUGAAGGUGGUGGUGCUGGGCGACAAGGACAAGAGCCUAGAAGUGAGCAAGAACGCAGCUACCACUCUCAAAAACUUUUGCAAAUGGCAGCACCAACACAAUCAGCUGGGAGAUGACCACGAGGAGCACUACGAUGCGGCCAUCCUAUUUACUCGGGAGGAUUUAUGUGGGCAUCAUUCAUGUGACACCCUGGGAAUGGCAGACGUUGGAACCAUAUGUUCUCCGGAGCGCAGCUGUGCUGUGAUCGAAGAUGAUGGCCUCCACGCAGCUUUCACCGUAGCUCAUGAAAUUGGACAUCUACUUGGCCUCUCCCAUGAUGAUUCUAAAUUUUGUGAAGAGAACUUUGGUUCAACAGAAGAUAAGCGCUUAAUGUCUUCCAUCCUAACCAGCAUCGAUGCAUCUAAGCCCUGGUCCAAAUGCACCUCAGCCACCAUCACAGAAUUCCUGGAUGAUGGACAUGGCAACUGUUUGCUUGACCUCCCACGAAAGCAGAUCCUGGGCCCUGAAGAGCUCCCAGGACAGACCUAUGAUGCCACCCAGCAGUGCAACCUGACAUUCGGGCCUGAGUACUCCGUGUGCCCUGGCAUGGACGUGUGUGCCCGUCUGUGGUGUGCCGUGGUGCGCCAGGGUCAGAUGGUGUGCUUGACCAAGAAGUUGCCUGCUGUGGAAGGGACACCCUGUGGGAAGGGGAGAAUCUGCCUACAAGGCAAGUGUGUGGACAAAACCAAGAAAAAAUACUACUCGACAUCAAGCCAUGGCAACUGGGGAUCCUGGGGGCCCUGGGGCCAAUGUUCUCGCUCAUGUGGGGGAGGAGUACAGUUUGCUUAUCGCCACUGCAACAACCCUGCACCCAGAAACAGUGGCCGCUACUGCACAGGAAAGAGGGCCAUCUACCGCUCUUGCAAUGUCGUGCCUUGCCCACCUAAUGGUAAAUCUUUUCGUCAUGAGCAGUGUGAGGCCAAAAAUGGCUAUCAGUCUGAUGCAAAAGGAGUCAAAACCUUUGUGGAGUGGGUUCCCAAAUAUGCAGGUGUCCUGCCAGCAGACGUGUGCAAACUGACCUGCAGAGCCAAGGGCACUGGCUACUAUGUGGUCUUCUCCCCAAAGGUGACUGAUGGAACUGAGUGCCGGCCAUAUAGCAAUUCUGUCUGCGUCCGAGGAAGGUGUGUGCGAACUGGCUGUGAUGGUAUCAUUGGCUCAAAGCUGCAGUAUGACAAGUGUGGAGUGUGCGGAGGAGACAACUCCAGUUGUACAAAGGUUAUUGGAACCUUCAAUAAAAAAAGUAAGGGUUACACUGACGUUGUGAGGAUCCCUGAAGGGGCAACCCACAUAAAAGUCCGACAAUUCAAAGCCAAAGACCAGACUAGAUUCACUGCCUACUGCCUGAAGAAGAAAAACGGUGAGUACCUUAUAAAUGGAAAGUACAUGAUCUCCACUUCCGAGACCAUCAUCGACAUCAAUGGGACAGUCAUGAACUACAGUGGGUGGAGCCACAGGGAUGACUUCCUGCAUGGUAUGGGCUACUCAGCCACAAAGGAAAUUCUGAUAGUACAGAUUCUCGCCACAGACCCAACUAAAGCAUUAGAUGUCCGUUAUAGUUUUUUUGUUCCCAAGAAGUCCACGCAAAAAGUAAACUCUGUCACUAGCCACAGCAGCAACAAAGUGGGAUCACACACACCACAGCUGCAGUGGGUGACAGGCCCAUGGCUCGCCUGUUCCAGGACCUGUGACACAGGCUGGCACACCAGGACAGUGCAGUGCCAGGACGGAAAUCGGAAGUUAGCAAAGGGAUGUCUUCUCUCACAGAGGCCUUCUGCCUUUAAGCAAUGUUUGCUGAAGAAAUGUUAGCCUGUGGCUACGUAUGCUGUUAUGCACAAAGAUGACUGGAGGAUCCAUGCCAGAUACAGUGGUGAUGAACAAGAGGUCCACCCAAUGCACAGAAAGUCAUACUUCAAUAUCAUUGUCUCCAGGAGUCAAAUUAUGGGCAGAAUCUGCUCUCUGUGACCAAAAGAUGUACACUGCUUCAUGUGAUAGUGGUGACCUUGGAACAUACAAAAACCUGGGAGUUAUUAUCGAACAUCCCCUGGGCCUACGAAAAUGAGAGAAACACUGAUGAAUGUAGAAUCCGGGGACAUUUAAAGAUGGAAAAACAAUCUCCCCCUUGUCACCUACCUCUUACAGAAUGUCUUCAAAGGCAUCAUAAUCACUUUCACCCAUGAUACACAGUUCCUUAUUUUUACUGUUUGUAAAUACAUUCUCCCUUGGUAUGUCACUUUAUAUCACAUGGUUCUAUUAAAAUAUAUAUACAUAUAUAUAUAUAUAUUUCUAUAAAAAAAAGUGUUUGACCAAAGUAGAUCUGCAGCUAUUUCAACUCCUAGUUUCCAGAAAGAGCUGUGGAUGUUUUACUGGAAAUGAAGAACUUGCUGCUGUUUUAAUAAGAUUUUCUGACUACAGUAGAUAAAAUUUUAGUCCAAAACCAUAUUGACAGCAAGCAUCUUUUAAGAAAUUCUGAAAAUUAAAAGGAUCUCAGUGUGUCUGGUCAUGUAAACACAUACACAGGAUCCUUUACUUAAGUCUCUGUAUGUUUUUCAGGCAGCCAACCAAAUUAAUGUAUAAUUAGGACACACAAAUAGUGUUUGCCUGUGUGUAUGUGAUCCGUUUUCAAGAAUCUAAAAAUUUGUUUGCUCAUAUUAGAAUUUAAAAGAAAAGAAAUGACACUGUGUUUUCAACUUAUAUUUUCACAACUGCUUUCUCUUUCUAUGGCUCCCAUCUGACAUCUCACAAUGGGUCAUAUACGUUUAGAACACACAGCAUAGUUUUCUAUCCUGUCCAACUACUUCAAUACUGGUGUACCUCUUACCGGCAAGCCUUUAAAAUGUGUUUGCUUUUGUUUGUUUUGUUCAAGGGUUCUGAAAGAGCAAUGUUUUGUACUUCUUAUUGUCUUGGUUUAAUAGGAAUAUUAGAGAUCACUUGGUAAUGAGCCACUCUAGGAGGGGCAAUCAUCGUUAGUGUGGUUAAAGCAAAAUCACAGUGGCUAACAUUAAUAAGACUGUUUCCACACCACAGGCAAUAAUUUCUUAAUUUUUCAAAAAUAAGAAUAUUCCUACUGUAUUAAAGAUUUUUCCCAAUUGGAAUGUGUUUGGUUGUACCAGUAAGUGUUUAAGUGACAAAAAUAUGAUGAUUUUCAAUAAGUUUGAUGUUUUUGUUUUCAUAGCCUAAGUAGGUUAUAAGAUUAAAUAGUUAGACAUUGAAAAUAUUUUAUACUCAUACAAAUAAAAGACUCUUUUUAGACUGUAA